UUUUUGUUAAAAGAUUUAAUUUGGUAACAAAAAUGAAAGACAUUGUUCUGUUUUUUUGCUUCUUUUUAUUUUUAUUCUCUUUGCUUAGAGAAACUAAUGCAGUUUCUCAAGAAAAAAACAAUGGUGUAUAUAUUGUUUACAUGGGUGCUGCUGAUUCGUCGAACGAUGGCACGAAAAAUCAGCAAGCAGAACUUAUGAGCUCUUUGAUAAAAAGAAAAAAGGAUGCAGUUGUACACAGUUACAACAAUGGUUUCUCAGGAUUCGCAGCCCGUUUAUCAGAAGCUGAGGCUAAAUCCAUUGCUCAAAAACCUGGAGUUAUAUCAGUAUUCCCUGAUCCAAUAUUGCAACUCCACACAACGCGUUCGUGGGACUUUUUGCAAUAUCAAACUGAAGUAGAAAUCAGUUCUGGUCCAAUAUCUGGUUCUGAUAACGCGUCACCAAAAGGCGUUGAUACUAUAAUUGGAAUCUUGGAUACAGGAAUAUGGCCUGAAUCAGAGAGUUUUAGUGAUAAUGAUAUGAGUGAAGUUCCAUCUAAGUGGAAAGGAACUUGUAUGGAAAGUCAUGAUUCCACCUCUUUCAAAUGCAACAAGAAGUUAGUUGGUGCAAGGUUCUACGAUGACUCUGAUGAGGAUGGUGUAAGACCUUCUGGUUCAGCUAGGGAUGAGAAUGGACAUGGAACUCAUGUUGCAUCUACAGCAGCUGGGAGUCCGAUUUCAGGAGCAUCUUAUUAUGGUUUGGCUUCUGGGACCGCGAAGGGUGGAUCCCCGGGUUCAAGAAUAGCCAUGUAUCGUGUCUGCAUGACUGAUGGAUGUCACGGAUCAGCUAUAAUGAAAGCAUUUGAUGAUGCAAUUGCAGAUGGGGUUGAUGUUUUAUCGCUAUCACUUGGUUCAUCAUCUGGUCUUGAAGUUGAGUUUUCGAGUGAUCCUAUAGCUAUUGGAGCAUUCCAUGCUGUUGAAAAGGGAAUUCUUGUUUCCUGUUCUGCUGGAAAUGAUGGUCCUGGUCCGGCAACUGUUGUCAAUGUCGCACCUUGGAUUCUCACAGUUGCAGCUACUACAAUUGACCGUGACUUCGAGACAGAUAUUGUCUUAGGUGGAAACAAGUUGAUUAAGGGUGGAGGUAUAAGUUUUGGUAAUUUGACAAAAUCUCCAGUAUACCCGCUGAUUAGUGGCGAUUUAGCCAAAUCCGGCAAUACUGAUGUUUCGGAGAAAAAUGCAAGGUAUUGUAAUCCGAAUUCAUUAGAUGGAACCAAAGUUAAGGGGAAAAUUGUUCUUUGUGAUAAUCGCGACGGAUACUAUUCACUUACUGAGAAACUAACAGAAGUGAAGAGCAAAGGUGGCAUUGGAUUUAUAGUAGUAGAUGAUAAUGCAAGAACUGUGGCACCUAAAUUCAAAUCCUUUCCAGCAGCUGUUGUAACUGAAAAGGAUAGCAAUGAGAUCCUUUCUUACAUCAACUCAACAAAGAAACCAGUUGCAUCAGUUCUGCCAACUGUUACCAUAGCCAACUACAAACCAGCUCCUCUUGUGGCUUACUUCUCAUCAAGGGGUCCUACAUACAACACACAUAAUCUCCUCAAACCAGAUAUUACAGCACCAGGUGUUGCAAUUCUCGCGGCUUGGCCUGGAAACGACACAAACGAGGCUGUCGCUGGCCAGGCGCCACCACUUUACAACAUAAUAUCAGGGACUUCCAUGUCCUGCCCUCAUGUUUCUGGUAUUGCCGCAUUAGUCAAGGCGCAAAAUCCUUCUUGGAGUCCUUCAGCAAUCAAAUCAGCUAUCAUGACCUCAGCUUUACAGACUAACAAUUUGAAGGCUCCAAUCACAACAGUCUCUGGAUCCGUUGCAACACCAUACGACAUAGGAGCUGGAGAAGCAAGCCCUUCAUUAGCACUUAAUCCAGGAUUGGUCUACGAGACUAACACUGCAGACUACUUGCAGUACCUAUGCUCAGUUGGCUACGAUAAAUCAAAGAUAAAACUCAUCUCAAAUACUGUUCCUAAUGAUUUUUCAUGUCCCACCAACUCAAGUUCUGAAUCCGUCUCACAAAUGAACUACCCUUCCAUUGCUGUUUCAAAUAUCAAAGAGAAUGAAAUCAAGAAAGUAACAAGAACUGUAACUAACGUAGGACAAGAAGACGCAACAUACACAGCAAGUAUAAAGGCACCAGUUGGUUUGGAAGUCCAAGUGACCCCGAAUAAAUUGGUAUUUACAAAUAAUAGCAAGAAGUUGAGCUAUGAAGUGUCUUUCAAAGCUUCAUCUAAACCAAAGGAAGACUUGUUUGGAUCAAUUACAUGGACAAAUGGUAAAUACAAAGUCCGAAGUCCAUUCGUUGUAUCUACUAAUUCACAAGGUGUCUGAUAA